AUGGGGCGUGGAACCGGCGAGAUGGCGGUGACCCUUACAAGUUUUCUACUGCUCACGCAGGUGUUUACGGCGAACCUUUCCCUGGCGGUUCUUCCUCACGGAUUACCCUUCGACGACGUAUGCCUGGAAUUGUUCGACAGCGGUUCUUCGUCUUCGACAGAUUUGUUCGAGGCCUUCAAGCUACAACAGUGUCCAGCUGGUGACGAAUUUGGACAUUUUCCGUUUCUGAGCUGGCAACAUUGCCAAGAGGGCGUUGACGCUGUCAAGUGUCAGCUACAAAAGCAGCGGAGCAGCACUGUGACGAUGGGGCGUGGAACCGGCGAGAUGGCGGUGACCCUUACAAGUUUUCUACUGCUCACGCAGGUGUUUACGGCGAACCUUUCCCUGGCGGUUCUUCCUCACGGAUUACCCUUCGACGACGUAUGCCUGGAAUUGUUCGACAGCGGUUCUUCGUCUUCGACAGAUUUGUUCGAGGCCUUCAAGCUACAACAGUGUCCAGCUGGUGACGAAUUUGGACAUUUUCCGUUUCUGAGCUGGCAACAUUGCCAAGAGGGCGUUGACGCUGUCAAGUGUCAGCUACAAAAGCAGCGGAGCAGCACUGUGACGAUGGGGCGUGGAACCGGCGAGAUGGCGGUGACCCUUACAAGUUUUCUACUGCUCACGCAGUGAUGUACGUCAAGAACGACAGCACAUCGUAACAUUCAGCAUUCCAUUUGAAAGCUGUGUGCCAUGGGAAAAUCCUUGCUGACAACCUUAGCUACGCUUGCAAUUCUUAUAUCUGUCACAGCUCCCAAGGGCUGGCCAAGGGACUAUGGCUUUGGCAGUCCUGUGUGCGUGUGCGGCAUGACGUACUGUGACUUCAUCAGCGACAUCGGGCCCCUGCCGAAAGGAGCAGCUAUUGUCUUUGAGAGCAGCAAGGCCGGACUCCGGUUCCAGAAAACUGUAUUGCGCCGCGAAGAAACAGAUCCACCAGGCAACAACACUUUGCUGCUUGUGAUAAACCCAACAGAAACGUACCAGGAAAUAUUUGGUUUCGGAGGCGCCUUCACUGACGCAGUUGGGUUAAAUCUGAGAAAUCUCUCGAUGCAGCUGCAGGACGCUAUUAUCGGGUCCUACUACUCCACAGCAG